AAGAUAAAGAUUAACAUGGCGUUGAGAAAGUUGGGAAGGUGUUGCCGAACAGGCCCAACAGACCGUUUGGCAACCGUGGAAGAAGCGAAAGAUAAUCUGGAAUGGAUAAAGCGUAGUAAUCUGUUAGGGAAAUGGGAAAGAGCCCGUCUUCUAGAUGGCUGGAUCGGAGGCGCUGGUUAUGACUUCCAUCUCCAAGUGGGUUUCAGAAGCUGUCUUGGAUACAUGUUAGUCGUUGAGUCUUCGACCCCCGAUAUAGUCAGCACAGAUAACAGGAAUGCGGCCCUGUAUUCUAAGGUUCCCAAAUUGAGCAAAGAGGGAAGGAGUGCUGCUUUGUUUUUGUGCUGUGAAGAUUGGAAUUUCGAGGUCAUCAACUGGUUGAUUGAGGGCCAGAAAGGAGGAGGUCGCACUUGGGGGAUUGCAAUAAAUGAAGGCGACGAAGCAGAAGCAGCAAGCAAAGUAGUAAGCGCAGUGGCCAGGGAGUUGCAAGGUGUACGUUCAAAGAGCAGAGUGCCAAAACUGGAAUUUUCGUGCGCUUCUAUGAGAGACUUGACGAACGGAAUUCAAGAGUCCGUGCGUGAUAAAAGUGAAAGCUAUAUUUUAUCAAAGGCGUUAUUCUCGACAGAGCUCCUGGAUAUUGGUGAUCAAUGUUGGGAAGAAAUGGGUUUGACGGAGGAUUUGGAGAGGUUUCGAGAGCUUGGUUUCGAAACAAGCGAGGAGACGACUUGGGAGGGCGUUGCUGAUACAGUCUGGUAUGUUGCGGCAGACACCAUGGCUGUUGUGAUCGUAUCAGAGUGCUGCAAAAUCCAUAAUGAUUCGGUGAUGCAUCCUGAUCCACUAGCAGAGAGAACGCCCAUGGACGAUCACGCGUUUGCCGCAUUCCUAAUUGCCUACGCUUACGAGCUCUUAUACGGAACCUUUUAUGGCGCGGAUAGUUUAUGGAAGUUCGUAAAAGCAGCGGCAACAGAGGCCAGCGGAGUUUGCGAUCUGUUUAAUGAGAUUUUACGUGACCGAGGGUUCGGAACAUUCAGCUAUAAUGGUAAGUAUGAUGUUGUUAACACCUUUCUUGUUCAGGCGGCAAAGAAAGGCGAUGUGUAUUUGGUAGAAAGGCUCCUAGACAGUGGGCUACAGCCCUCCGAAACAGAUGAUGAAAGAGGAAAAACAGCAUUGCACCAUGCAGCAAAACUAGAUGAUGAAAUCAAGGGACUUGAUAUUGCAAGAAAGCUGCUUACAAAAGAAAGCAGCCUUGCAAAUUCAGUUGACCAUAAAAUGAGGACUCCUCUACACAGAGCCGCUUUUUCUGGUCACGCAAGCAUGUGUCGACUCCUCCUCCAACACAAGGCAAGUGUGACUUCGUUGGACGAGAAUGGUCAGACUCCACUACACCAUGCGCUUGUUCGCAAGCAGCCAAAUGAAGAGGUUGUUCGUUUUCUGAUUUCAGCGAAAGCAGAAGACAAUGUUGAAAGGAGCGCGCACUUGGUGGAUGUGGAGGACAAGAAUGGAAAGACGCCUUUGCAUUUUGCUAUUGAGUAUCAAGACACCAAUGUGAGAAUGGUCGUGUGGCUGCUGUCUCUGUCCAUUCAACCACAACCUUAUUUUAAGAAACUGCAUCUUUCAUCGUAUCUGCGUGAGUCUUCGCGAAUGAGCUAUUUAAAACUUGUUCAACAGCUUCUGAAUGAAGGAGCCGAUCCUCUCGACCCAGACGAUGAAGGGAAGACAACAUUCCACUACGCUGCCGAGGGCGCAAGUGACGAGGUGGCAUGUAAACUUAUUUUAGGACUACUGUAUAGUGGCAUAAACGUUGAGAGGGCAACAGCGUGUGAUAAAUAUGGCAGAAACGUGCUUCAUGUCGCAGCUUUCGUUGGACACAAAUUGCUUUGUCGCGAGCUUUUACAACAAAUCCCGAGCAUAGAUAUGAAGGAUCGUGAUGGUCAGAGUGCUAUUUAUUAUGCAGUCGCUGGAGCUCAUGACAACAGCGAGGUUUUAGACGAGUUCAUUUUCACAGCACAAGGUACAAAUCCAGUUUUUCUCAAAGAUGACAGCCAAACAACGCCUUUGCACGUGGCUGCUGAGAAAGGCAACACAAAAAUGGUGGAAAAGCUUCUUUCAAAGAGAGUGAUUUCAGGACAAGAGCGCAAUAAAUAUGUAGGGGCAAAAGAUGUGCUGGAUCAAACAGCACUGCAUAAAGCGGCAAGUGGGGGGCACAAGAAAAUUGUUAGCAAGCUGCUUAAUGAGGGGGCGCGUCCGUUAGAAGAACGUGAUUGCGAUGGCAAAACAGCUCUGCAUUACGCCGCUCAAGCAGAAAAUGAUGAUGAUGCUUUGGCAAUAGCUAAAUUGCUUUUAGGCAAAUGUGAAUCUGAGAAACACAGAAGCCUGCUUCUGUUUGCUUCUGCUGUUGGAAUAGGUUCUGCAGAAAAAAGUUUAAGCUCCGAUUCAAAGAUCAAGAGAUAUCUUGAGAAGAGAAAAAGAGAAAUACUAAGAACACCAGAGCAGGAGAAUUUGCUUAGGGUUGCAGCUACAGUGGGCAAUGUGGAUAUGACGAGGGAGCUCCUCACCAGGGGCGCAAACAUGGCUCUCAUUCGCAGUAAGAAUUGGAUCGCCUCUCUUUCAAAAGAAGAACGAAAAAAUGUCGAAGAUGUUCUCAAGCAAAUUGACCAUAUUAUUGAACAAGGAACAGACAAACCGGCCCUGUUAGAUAAUCUUGGACGAAGUGCGUUUGCGAAUGGUCUGGCUGCAUUAUUUUUGAAUCCUUUUGUGAAAUCCCCCAUUACUGUGGGAAUCUCAGGAGAAUGGGGGAUGGGAAAGUCAAGCGUGAUGGUGCAGACAGAGUGUAUUCUUAUAAAGACAGCGGCUCAGUUAGCGUUCUCAAAUUCAAUUCCAAAAGAAGAUGAUUAUCCUGGAGCAAGCAAAUCAAAUUUAUCUGCAAAAGGAGAAGCCAGGCGUAGGAGAGUAGCAAAUGCAUUGGGGAGGUUAUUGACAACGAAAGGUAAAGAGACACGACUGGAUGCAAAAGACGGCCAGCCAAAGCUAACUCUUAUGCACAAGUUUAGAAUGUUUAUUAAACGGGUAUUCAGUAAGGCAAAGGACACCUCAACAAAGGUGUUGGAUGAGUUCAUAGGAAAUUAUCAACCUAAAUAUCAUGAAAUUUUUAAAUCUCUGGCUGUUAUGGACCGACACGAUAUGUUUGAAAAUAAGGAAGAAGAGGAAGAAAGUGGAUCUAAAAGUAAAAGUCAUGGAUUCGCGGGUGCAAUACCAUGGGAGGAGGACUCCGUGCAGGGCAAUACACCGUCUAUUUUGACGGUACGUUAUAAUGCUUGGCAAUACAGGAAUGAAUCCGAGGCAUGGGCGGGGCUAGCAGUAGAAAUCACAAAACAAUUGGAAGCGACAAUGACGGUGGCGCACAAGCUGAGAACUAGUUGGAGAUAUAAUUGGAAAACCCGUAGAAACAAUAUCUGCUUAGGAGUGAUCAUCCCAUGCUUUCUUGCAGUAUUAGUGGCCAUCUGGUUCACUGCCAUUGUAUGGUUGCUGCUUGAUAGAGUCCAAAAUAAAGAUAUAAAAGAUCUUAAAUAUGGAAGUCUACCAGCAUCGGUGAUUGUAGCUGUUUGGGCUAUGGUAAAGUCAGUCAUGUCUGUUGUGAAACCUAUUAGUUCUCAAGUUGUGGAUUAUAUAUGUCUGCCAGACCAUAGCCAAAAGCUUGGCUAUCAUCAGAAGGUUAUUUUUGAUAUCAAUUUUUUGAAAGAACAACUCGGUUAUAGAGCCUCCUGGUUCUGGAAGCUGUUCGCUUUAAUAUGGUGCUGCAUUACAUUGAGUUGGGAUGAGAAUUAUGUUCCAGCAACACUGAUUCCUAAGAUGCCCCCUGCAUUCAAGGAUAAUCUUAGAAUAGUAGUCUUCGUUGAUGAUCUCGAUCGUUGCCAAGAAAAUGUAAUUCUGCAGAUAUUAUCAGCAGUGAACAUGGUUUUGGCUGCUUGCGAGAUUAAUGUAAUCUUGGGCAUGGACAAGAGCAUGAUCGAGAGGGCAAUAAUAAAAAAGUUUGGGGACAAGAAUAGCAAAUCUAAUAAGUUCAAUCAGGACUUAGCAGACAAAUAUCUAAGGAAGAUAAUUCAGCUGCCACUAGACCUACCCGACCCUAGUAACUCAGAGUCCAAGAAUUUUUUGCAAGGCCAGCUAGGUAUGUGGGAUAAUAGAGAAGGGUCUACCAACCCAAAAGCACAAACAGAAGUACAUAAUACUUUUGGGCGUAGAAAAGUAAAUCCAAAGUUUCAAAUUGGAACUUCAAUUCCAAAGAAAACUAAGCUAGGUAGAGGAGAAACAAUGAAACCUUUGGCAGAAUCUGAAGCUAAACAAGAAAGAGGCUACAGCUUUUCAGACAUGGCCCAACAAGGAAUUGUAAAAACGGAACGGCAAGAAACAAUUGAGAAAUCAGCAAAAGGCUCGGGAUUGGAAGAAACAAUGAUUGAGAUAGCUGAGACAAUCGACAAUGAACUGUCAGUCAAAAGCCUCGCAGGUGAGAAUAAGCAGAUGGCAGCUGUUGAGCAACUGCCACAAGACAAGGACAGUGAGGGAAGUCUAGUCAAGGAUCGUCUUUCUCCAUCUCCAAUAACAACUGAAAUGCUUAUCCCCAAGUAUAGCGAAGGAGAAAAGAAUGCGUUUUGCUUUCUUCAUACUCGGUCCACACGCAGCAGACGACUUCCCCGAGAGUGGAAAUGUUUGUUGACAUACCAUCGGCUAGCAUGGAAUAUUUUGUCUAAAAGUCCCCAAGUUAUCCCACUGGCAGGAUGGCAGGUUCAACUGAUUGCAUGGGUUUUCGUCUGCUGGCAAUGGAAGCACCUCAUAACAACUCUUGUACAAAACUGGCACGAUCUUGGGGUUUUAAGAAAGUGGGUUAUGGUACAUGAUAUUCAGAAAGGGGAAGUUAAAGAGAACAGUGGGCCUUCGUUGAGAGAGAUUGUUGAGCAUUAUAUCGAUGAAAGGUGGCCGGCUGACAAGAAGAGCGACAAUGCCACAAAGAAGAUCGAAGACACCAUUGACAGCGUCAAUGAGGAAGUGGAGAAGACAAUUUGCAACUUACCUGAGAAGAACAUGAAAACAAUUUCCCGCGAGGACGAUACAAAGGGAGAGGAUUAUCUCAAGGAAGUGGUAAGAAAGGUUUUGAAAGAAGAAAGAGAGAAGAAACGAGGCUAUUCCCUAAAAAUAAAAGGGCUAAAGAGGUGUAAGAAAGGAAAGCGAGAACACAUGGAGGAAGACGAUCUUGAAGGCGGGCUGAAAUUAGCGAUAAGAAAAGUUUUACAAGAGGAGAAGGAGGUGGAGGAUAUGCUGAAAGUUAUUAUCAAGAAAGUUUUCAAAGAGGAAAAAGAACGAGAAACACAGAUGAGAGACUCUUCAACUUCAUGUGAAGAAGAAAACAAAGGAGCUUUGCAACAAGGCACAGCUGUUAUGGAGAAUCAGAGCCCUUCACAGAAAGGUAGAAACAAUGGCAAAAGUAAGGCGAAGGAUGAAGAGGAGGAGCGAAAAGAAUGGAAGAAGCUGAAAGAAACAUUGAGCCGCUACAAUGUUUCAAUGGAUGGCAUUCAAGCCUUCCAAAAAUUUAGGUUCUACUGCGACCCUGGACAUCUUCCAUGGCCAUUGCCCGAACAAGACUAAUAAAGCUGUUAGAAUAAGUCAAUGACCGAAAUGGAUAUGUGUAAAUAGGUGUCAAUAGGAAUUGUUUACGUGAUCUUGAGUCAGUUUGUUCUUAAUAAUUUCAGUUAGGUGUCAAACUCGUUUGCAGAUUUAUAGGAGGAAUCUAUAAAUAUAAAUUGCUGUUUAUUUUUUAUGAAUAGCAUAAAUGAGCGCAUUAGAGAUUUUUAUUAA